CCCCGCAGGAUAAAGUCGACCUUCAUAUGAAGCUGAAGCUUGAGUACUAGUACCUAUCGCCGAGCCGUCGAGAAGGGCCCAGCCUACGAUCUGAUUAUCAACACGCCUGCUCGUGAUGUUCGUUUCUAUUUUUUCGUUCAGGUUAAGUGAUUCCUCGGUCAUAUUUUCUCUCAAUAUCUACUCAUUCCUCGAUAAUGUCAGGCCUCCCAUUUCCUGUGGACUGGCAAUGCUCUCUCUUGUUGAAAGGGAUCCCCUUUAUGAUAUCGCAGAGGAAUUGCGCUGCCAUAUCCUUAGUUUCCUUUCAUAUAAUGAAAUUAUAUGCUGCGCGCUGACUUGCCGGACGAUGUACAACACAGUCAAAAGCUCAGCUGAGCUGCAAUACAUCAUCGAACUUGGAGCCCAAAGAUUGAUCCCGGUCACCCAUCCGUGGCCGCCUACUGUCUCCACAGCGGAGUGCUUGCGCGCCCUCAGAGACAAGGCAAAUGUGUGGGCUUCCUUCGAGCUCAAUGUGACGAAAACGCUUCGUUUCUUGGACCCUUUCGACUUCAAGUCCCUCACCCACCAACAACUCAGUCUUUUUCAUAGACGAUGAAGUUAUAUCCAAAGUUAUUAGUCUCAAGACGUGCACACCUGAAAUGGUGAGCGCCCCUUCUUGCGCAUGGGAGGAUCGUCCGCAUCUAGUUCCUGGUGUAUCCCUCCGUACUAGUUACAUGGACGGGGCACAGGACCUGAUGAUAUCUGUUUACGAGCUUAAGCGCCUAUUCCCCCACGGCAGGCAAUACGAAAUACGCUUUUACACGAUAUCCACGGGCGAGGAAAUCCUGCAUAAUCGCUGGAAGAGCCUUCUGGGGCUUCAAAACUUUGGAAUCAAACCUUUCAGUCGCUGUCCUUGGAGAUCACCUUGCUUUAUAUUGUGCUGUGUUAGUCUAA